AUAAAGUAUUGCCUGUAUGAGUUUUAUCGAACGCGCGUCAUUUGAUAACCUAUUCUAAUCAUAUGUUCACAAGUAAAUAUAUGAAUAACACUAUUUCUUUAGUGUGACAACGAUAAUAAUUUUACUUAACAUUAGUUGAAGAAGUUACACGAAUUUAGAAACAUGUCCGGAAACAUGUCCGAACACAAUGAUGACACGGAAAAAGUGUGUCAAAAUGUUUCCGCAGAUCAUUUUUCCUUUAAUUAGCCGUCAGCGGCAAUUACUCGGCCAACAACUCUGGCGAAAAUCUGUAUUUAUGUAUUUUUAUUGCAACGAGUACAAUGAAUUUAUUUCUUUAAAGAAGAAAUCAAAUGAGGAGGCUACAAACAGUUCUUCAGAACAAGAAGAGGUAGAAGAUUCUGAUAUGGAAAAGAUUCGGAAAUAUUUGGCACAAAAGUUAAAACUUUUUGAUUCAUCAGAUUAUGAUGAACAGUCACAGCAAAAAGUCCUCCGUGAACUUAAUAUAGAUGGAGUGGUAGAUUAUAUAAAAGAAACUGAAAACUGUAAAAUUAUUACUAUGGCUGGAGCUGGUAUCUCCACAUCUGCAGGAAUUCCUGAUUUUCGAUCACCAUCAAGUGGUCUUUAUCACAAUUUAGAGAAAUAUAAUCUACCUCAUCCUCAAGCUAUUUUUGAGUUAGAUUUCUUUAUGGAAAAUCCUGAACCAUUCUUUAUGCUUGCAAGAGAAUUGUUACCUGAAGGUUUUAAACCUACACCAUCCCAUUAUUUCAUCCGUCUUUUAUGGGAAAAAGGACUACUUUUGAGACACUACACCCAGAACAUCGAUACAUUAGAAAGAAUGGCUGGUUUACCUCCUGAAAAAUUAGUAGAAGCUCAUGGUACAUUUCAUACUGGUCGAUGCCUUAAAUGUAGAGCACCAUACACUCUUCCAUGGAUGAAAGAAAAAAUUAUGGAAGGUGUUAUACCAAAAUGUGAAGAAUGUAACGAAGGUGUAGUAAAACCUGAUAUAGUGUUUUUCGGGGAAAUGUUACCCGAACGUUUCCAUUUCCUUAUCGAUCGGGAUUUUGCACAAGCAGAUCUUUUGAUAAUUAUGGGAUCAAGUUUGGUAGUGCAGCCUUUUGCAUCUUUAGUAGAUAGGGUGCGACCCAAUUGUCCACGCCUACUUAUCAAUAAAGAAAAAGUAGGUAUGCAAGAUCGCUUAUCGCGACUUUUAGGACUGCGACAUGGCUUGAUCUUUGAUACACGAAGUUCUCAUGGCGGUCGUGAUGUUGCCUGGUUAGGUGAUUGCGACACUGGCUGUCAAUUAUUAGCUGAAAAGUUGGGCUGGGGCGAUGAAUUAAAAGAUCUUAUAAAAAAAGAACAUGAACGUUUAAGUGCAGAACAUACCAAUAAGGAUUAAGCUCAUCAAUUGUCUUAUUACAAUGUAAAUUUAGUUUUUUAGAUUACUUGAGAUCUAAUUUUGCUGCUAUUUCUUUGAGGACGAAGAAAUUAUAUAGAUGAAUAAUAUUUUGCUUCAAAGGAAUUGUAAAAACAUUGUUUAGAAUGUUAAACUUUUAUCAC